AAAUAUGUACCUGCAGUGUGUGAGUCUUCAGUUUCUCUAAGAGGCGGAAGCUGUCCCACUGAAGCAGGGCUCUGCCUCCCACCUCUGAAACUAGACUCAGGUUCAGUUAUUUGAUUAGUUGACCUGGAGCUUAUGUAAUUAGAAGACACACUAGUUUCCCUCAUUUAAAAGCCUGUUAGCAUAUGACAGUCUCCUUUCAAGGGACGGUGAUCCUCUCCACUGCUUCUUUCUGUCAUCUUUAAGUUCUUUCAGACUCCAGAUCAGCUGUGAUCUGAGGAUGAGCUAACCCAGCAAGUACCAUGAGACCCUCUAGAGUAAUCAGGAAGAAGACUUCCAAAAGCUGAUGUGAUGUCUCCUCCUGGAGACGAGGCACAAGGUGCAGGGAAGGGGCGGUGGCCGGAUCCAGGACGAGGAUGAUGCAAUGCUGAAGAGUGAGCUGGAGGAGAGAAGCAGCAGGCACCAUGGAAAAAACCAAAACAAAGCAAGGAGAGAAUGAACAUAUGCCGGUGAAUAACCCUUCCACGCAGAUUUAUCAGUUGCAGGCCCUGGCCUCGGAACUAAAAACUGGCUUCACGGAAGCAAUGCAGGAACUGACACGCAUCCAACAUGGAGAAUACGCUUUGGAGGAGAAGGUCAAGAGCUGUAGAUGCUCCAUGGAAGAGAAAGUAACCGAGAUGAAGAAUUCAUUAAACUACUUCAAGGAAGAACUGAGCAAUGCAAUGUCCAUGAUUCAGGCCAUCACUUCCAAACAAGAAGAAAUGCAACAGAAAAUCGAACAGCUUCAACAGGAGAAGCGAAGAGAAUCUCGAAAGGUUAAAGCCAAGAAGGCCCAAAAGGAAGAGCAUGGCACACAGGCUGGACCUGCGUCUGCGCCUGCGCAAGCGCAAGGGAGCCCCUUCCGCUCCAUCAAUGUCCCCGAGUCUGGUCUCCCCAGUGAAGACUUCACCAACAUUUUGCCUUCUCAGACCUAUGAAAAAGCCCAAGAGUCCAGAUCUGUUCACGUAGGAGAUGGCAACGUGAAGGGAGUGACCAGUCCUGGAGUGAACCCAACAAAUCCAGAAGCAGAUGAAAACCUUAAUAAGCCUUCUCUCUCAGCUGAGAUCCAGUCCAAGGGCCAUCACACACCUGGCCUGUGGAGACAGCCUAAGGAUGGCAAAGAAUGGGGAGAAGAAUGCGUCACGAAAGAUCACCCCGAUAAGCUCAGGGAGGCCGGCCAGGGUAGACACAGCUCUUUGGAAAAUGUUUUAUGUGAAACCUCUUUAGCUGCAAAAAGGCAGACAGUGGCUCUGGAGCUGCUUGAAUCUGAGCGGAAGUACGUCAUUAACAUCUCUCUGAUACUGAAGAUAAAGGCAACAUUCCAGGGCUCAGAUGGAAAGAGGAAUUCCAAGGAGAGAAGCCUCUUCCCUGGCUCUUUGCGCUACCUUGUCCAGCAGCACUUGGAUUUGCUUCACGCCCUGCAGGAAAGGGUCCUGAAAUGGCCACGCCAAGGAGUCCUCGGAGAUUUAUUCCUGAAGUUGACAAAUGAUGAGAACAAUUUCUUGGAUUAUUAUGUUGCCUACCUGAGGGACUUGCCCGAAUGCAUCUCAUUGGUUCAUGUUGUGGUUCUGAAGGAGGGUGAUGAGGAGAUUAAAUCCGACAUCUAUACCCUGUUUUUUCACAUAGUACAGCGCAUCCCUGAGUAUCUGAUACAUCUCCAGAAUGUUCUGAAGUUCACCGAGCAGGAACACCCCGACUAUUAUCUAUUGCUCGUGUGCGUUCAGCGCCUCCGGGUGUUUAUCUCCCAUUAUACCCUGCUGUUUCAGUGCAAUGAAGAAUUGCUCAUUCAGAAGCGGAAAAAGCUCAAAAAGUCAUCUAUGGCAAAGCUGUACAAAGGGCUGGCUUCCCAGUGUGCCAAUGCUGGCCAAGAUGCUUCCCCCACUGCAGGCCCAGAGGCUGUCCGUGACAGUGGGAUCCACUCAGAAGAAAUGCUCCAAACGUACCCUUCUGCUCCCAGUUCUGCCCCUGCUGUCACACAUUUGAUGCCCGCGCCGAAGAAAGGCCAACAGCAGCAGAGCCUCAUGGAGAGCAUGCAGCCCGGGAAGCCGGGCGACUGGGAGAUGGAGGGAAGAAAGCACGAGCGGCCCGAGAGCCUGCUGGCCCCGGCGCAGUUCUGCACUGCCGAGCAGGACGUGAAGGCGCUCGCCGGGCCGUUGCAGGCCAUCCCGGAGAUGGACUUCGAGCCGUCCCCGGCCGAGCCGCUGGGCAACGUGGAGCGCUCGCUGCGCGGUCCGCCCGAGCUCCUGCCCGACGCGCGCGGCUUCGUGCCCGCCGGCUACGAGGAGUUCGAGUACGGAGGCGAGAUCUUCGCGCUGCCCGCGCCCUACGACGAGGAGCCCUUCCAGGCGCCGGUGCUGUUCGACAACUGCUCGCCCGCCUCCUCCGAGUCUAGUCUGGACAUCUGCUUCCUGAGGCCCGUCAGCUUCGCCAUGGAGGCCGAGCGGCCCGAGCACGCGCUGCAGCCGCUGCCCAAGAGCGCCACGUCGCCGGCGAGCAGCAGCAGCGCCUACAGGCUGGAGGCGGCGCAGGCGCAGGCGCACGGCAAGGCCAAGCCGCUGAGCCGCUCGCUCAAGGAGUUCCCGCGCACGCCGCCCGCCGAGGGCGCGGCCCCGCGCCUCUACAGCACGCGCAGCAGCAGCGGCGGCCGCGCGCCGCUCAAGGUCGAGCGCGCCGCCGCCCCGCACGGCCCCGCCGCCGCCGCCGCCGCCUCCCGCGGGGCGCCGCGGACCUUCUUCCCCCAACAGAGGUCCCAAAGCGAAAAACAGACAUAUUUGGAAGUAAGGAGGGAGAUGCACUUAGAGGAUGCCACCCGAUUCUGUCCAAAGGAAGAAAGAGAGAGUGAACAGACUUCUUUCAGCGACCAAAAUCCCAGGCAAGACCAGAAAGGGGGCUUUCGCAGCUCCUUCCGCAAGCUCUUUAAAAAGAAUUACAGAGAUCCUCAGUUAAAGACUAAUGUCUCAUCCAGAAGAAAAGAUUUAAAAACAGAAGGCUGUACGAGAUUUUAGAACUGAGAUAUUUAUCGGUUCCAUCACAACCCUCCCUUCCAAGAACCUUCUUCCUGUUCUGCAAAUCUAUUUGUAAGGUGAGGCUUCUCAAAAUAGCACGCGUUCAGGAAGCAACAGCAGCAGCCACAGUUGGGACGCUCGGCUGUCCCUGCUGGACAGAGCUGUGCACCUAGAUGAGGCCUUUGAGCAUCUCGGGGCUGUGUUCCGCAUUCAGAGUGUGGACCCACUUCUCAAAACACAGGUUUAUUUCAGGCUGAUGAUCUAAUGUCCAUAUUCAGAACCACUUCUUAUCAAUGCCACCCACCAUCAGGCUAAAAGCUGUGGUUUCAGACAGAAGAGAUCAAGUGCUAAGUGAAUUAAAGUAUGUUUUAAGGAAAGUAUGCCUUUUUUUUUAAAGUGGGGUAUUCAUCAUCUUAGGCCAAAUCUAUGUUAGCCGUGUCUUUACUUCAGUAACCGAUAGUGACACUGGGAAAGUCCUGCUGUGCCCCAUCCCUACCACAUCAGUCCCUGAUGCCCAUUAUGUGACAGCCCCAAGGGAGUGUCCACUGCAUCUGUGUCACACAGUUCUGGGAGCUGAGUAGGUCAGGAGAACUACAGAAGAGAAACUGUGAUUCCUGCUCCGGUGCUCUUUUCUUCUAAGCCAGACACCUCCCCAGUUAAAAGGAUUCCCAUAAGCCUUACCUAGCUGUGAAAUCUAAAACUACAGACUUUACCAAUUAUGGUGUCACCAUAGAAGUUCACAUAAACGAUCAAAUCAGGAUGCAGUUUAACUGCUAAGCUGGCAGAGGCACCAGAAGUCACUGGAAAUGAGCAAUCUAGUCAGGAGUAGCAGUUGUCCUUCCUAUGACACUGUUCAGAGAGGGGCGUAAAUACCCGCAGUAACCACCACUGCAGUGUGCUCUAACGUGACGUGACUGAAGCUUAGUUUGUUCUUAUCCUGGCUGGAAGCUGAAAGUAGCCUUGCCAAAGAGGGAGGGUGGGGUGUAUGUGGAAGAACUAAGAUACUCCAGGAAAACUGGCAAAAGCUUGAGUACUAAAAAACAAAACAAAAACCCUGAAAGCUACUAUAGUCCCAUGCUGAUUUUAAUACAUACACAAAAUUUCUAAUCUAAAGCAAUGAAAAAUUCCUAAUAAACAACAAACUUGUUUUGAGAGGAUUUACCUGUAUUUUGAAAUUUUAUACAGAAAAGCUAUAUAUACAUAUUCCAGAAGCUAUUUUUGUUUCUGUUGCAUUGAUUUCUGCAUCUCAAUGAUUCAAACAUGUGCUAUGCCAUAUCAAUCACAGGAGACCUUUAUGACAAUGCAAAGGAUUAAAUUAAUUUGAUAUAAAAACCCUCAGCAAUAAGGGCAGAUUAUAAAACUUUGUAAGAAAAUAAAGCAACUCCUUCCAUUUAACAGGAAAUGAAUUAAUACACUGCUGUUUGCUUGUGGCAGUUACAUACCUACUCAUUCUGCAAAAAUGUCUUAGAAACAGGAGACAAAACAAAAACAAGAACAUCAGGCAGAAUUUGGCUUUAUGGUACAAGCACAACAAAUACUCACUAAAAGAAAUGUAGCCCAAUUUGAUAUUGUCUUCCAGUGUGUAAGCAAAGAUUACUCUAGAAAUGUGUUACUCAGCCAGCCCUCUACCAGAGGGAACAUUCUUCUUACCUUUUUCCUGCCAUGUACAUAGCUUUCUCCUCUCUAUACCUUCUUUUUAUAAAUACCUACUGAGUCCAGUCUCAAGUUCUUGGCAUAGGUCCACGUUUCUUCAACUAUAAGCUGUAGUCAUUUUUAUGUUUUUGUUCUGUUUUCUGAGAUGGGGUCUCAUGGAUCUCAGAGUGACCCAGAACUUACUAUGUACUAAGGAUGACUUUGAACAUCUAACCCUCCUGCCUUUCCCCCUCCUGAGUGUUACAGGCAGAGAUGACAGGCAUGUGCCAACAUCAGUCUAUGAGGUGCAUGCUGGCGAUUGAACCACAGCCUCAUGCAUGCUGGGCAAGCAUCAUGAGAUACAUCCCCAAGCCAUGGUUACUACUUUUUUUUUUUUUUUUUUUGCUGACCUCCUAGCUGACCCCAUCCUGGACAAUUCUUUGUUAUUUGGUGUACAAUUUUUUCAAAAUCAUCUGAACUUCAACUAUAUCUGUAUCUAGUAUUCAGAAUAUAGCAUAUUAGAUCUUAGGUCAUCAACCCUCCUUCUGCCUCUAACACUUGACAUUUAGUAUGGCAAGUUCAUAAGACAUGAAAUAUUUAGUAUAUUACACUUAUAUUUAUGAAGAACACCCUUCCCCCAUCUACCAUAGUGGAACACUGUUAAUCAGGAUGUCUGCUCAUGUGAUAAUACUCCCUUUUAAUACAGCCAUUUAAAACCUCAAGAAACAAUAAGCUCCUCAGCAAGGACUUAUAAACAAUCACUUUUGAAUUCCUUAAGAAAAGGAAACAGACGCUAUGCUGACGCACAAACACUUAAAAAAAUCAGGGUUUAAAAAUAGAAGAGCACUGCCCUAUAGAUCAAAAAUUGUUCGGAGACUUUAAAAGUUAACCGCCUAAACUGAACUUAUGCAAGACACAGACUCAAAUCUAAUGCAGAGUUCUGAACAUUUGGUAUGUGAGUGCAAAGACAGCUGUAAGCACAUCAAAGGAAAAGAUCUUAUGUUUCCUCAAUUUCAUCUUCUACAAAGGGAAACAGUUUUCCACACUUCAGUGUGUUCUGGGUUAUUACCCUGGCUUCAGUGUCAUCCCGUUUUCUACCAUACGUGGCCAGACUAAUAAGACUGCCAUCAACCAUCUUUGUACCGGUGUUGCUUGAUCUGAUAAUUAGUUGCAUUGUAUUGUCUACGGCAACUCUAUGGAAUGAACUUCCUGCUCUCCCUUCCCUUGUGACACUGCUUUGUGAUUACUCUGCCUCUCUGUAUCCCUGCCAAAUGUAAAAUAACCCACCCAACUGAGUAGGUUUCCUUCCAGAAUUCAGGGUGAAGUCCCCCAAAUCUGCUAUGUCCAGAAACACUGGGAAUGAAACAAAAGCUAAAAUUAGACUCUGCAUCAGACUGUCAUCAUUCAUGUAUGCUACCCAUAUUUUAACUCACCUAAGACAUAAAAGUCUUUUUCCACAAAGCUGUCCGUUUACAGAACAAGCUAUUCCGACAGCCCAAUGACUGAGCUUUGCCAGGAAAAAAACCUGGUAGCAACACCUGUAACCAACCCCAGCACAGGGGUGGGGGUGGGA